AGUACCUGUACAAAAUUUUCAUUGAAAUUAAAAUUCAACAAUGUUGGAGAACUUCUUAUUUUUAUGCCAUCCGCAUUUCCUGCAAAAAUGUUCCCGAAAAGUGAACAUACUGAACUAGACAAUUAUAAAUUACAAGUGGAAAUACUUCAACAAAAACUAGCGAAAAGUGAAGAACAGCGUCAGCAACUUGAAGAAAAAUUUGAAAAAAUUCAAAAGAAAAGGAAUGAGAAUGAAAAAUCGAUUAAAGCCAGAAGCCGAGCUAAAUUUGAAGAAUUUUUGGAUAAACAAAGAGAGCGAAAUGAAAGGAAUAAAAAAAUUAUUCGGAUGCUUGAACAUAUUGAUCAGCAAGCCGCAUUAUUAGCACAAAGAAGUAGUCGACUGAAGGCAAUGAAGCGCCAAUAUGAACUUUAUUUUGCCAGAUUAUUACAAUCGCAGGCUUUUAGAAUCCAGCAAGCAGCCCGAUAUUCAUUUUUGCCAAUAAAUCAAUAUCCGACUCUAACUCAGCCACAUGAUUAUACUCCUAUGCUGGAAUCAAAAGGUAAAAUACCAGACUUACCAGCAACAAUGUUAGGUUCACAAAAUACCUCUGGUUUAGGAAAUAUCCCAGCAAUUACAACUAUUCCAGCAACACCACCUGCUAAUAUUAGUCCCAGGGCACAAGCUCCAAUUCAACCUAUACCGAUGCCAAUGGAAAUGAAUAAUUGGAAUUAUAUGACUCAAAGUUAUCCGGGUACAACUAAAGUUCAGAAUCCAAAUUUUAUAGGCAUAGCAAGUUCGGAUAUCGUUCCAUCUUAUAAUAGUUUUCCAUACAAUAUGCAACCUAACCCUUUAGAAUUUUACAAAGGGACUGCAUUGUAUAAUUAUCCGAAUCCAACAAAAGUAAUUCAAAAUAAUGACAUAUCCCAACAACAGGCAUGGGAUUAUCCAAGCUUCUCACAAAAUAAUAACGUAACAAGUAGUCCACGAAAACAACACUCUUAUUCCAAUUCUGGAUACAUGAAAAACAAACCGGAUAUAGAUAAUACAAUAGCUUCACACAGAGCCUCACCUUCCAUUCAAAGAACAUUUAAAGAUUACGAUGCUGCGGACCAACCUCUAAAAAGUUUUUCAAAAAAAAAUGUGAAUGAACACGGGGCUACUAGAGGUGAAUAUAAUUAUUCUAAAGCUACCGAAGAUGAUUUAGAUCUGCUAAAAAAAUUAAAUUUAAGAAAUCGUAUGAGAACCUUCAGUGAUUCAAACGAAAAUAUAUCUCAACCUGAUGGAAAUCAAGAACAAUAUUCUCGUAGUCAUAGAGAGUCAUAUCUAGAUCCAUAUGCCCCUGUAUCACCAACUAACGACUUUGGAGGUCGAUACGUCCCCAGAUCUUCGCACUCUAGAUCUUCUUCCGUGGAGAGUAAAGUUGCUGCGCCUUCGAAUUUCAAGCAACCACAACAAGAAGAUAAUUAUAGUUCCAGGGCAGAAGUAAGUGAAAGAGAACCCUUACAACCAUAUUCAAGGUUUUCUGAUAUGCAAUCAUCCGGUAAAAACAUUAGUAGCGAGAGAACAUCGAAUGCAUACCGGAAUUCUGAUAAUACAGAAUCCUCCCAGAUAUUGGGUGAUGAUAUGCAAAGACAAGGUGAUAAUUUAAAACGUCCACAAUACGCAGAAGUUCCAGCAUCUAAACAAUAUAGUCAGCAUCAGCAAUAUAACAGACAGAAUUCUACAUCAAAUUUACCAAACAUAAAUACUAUUCCAGCCUCUGAUACAAUAGGCAGUGCGAAUGGCACUGUAAUAUCAAAUAGUGAUAAGAUAAUGUUACCUUCAAAAAAUUACAAAUCAAGUUUUUCAGCAUAUCCUGAAAAUGGUCCGGACUUAUCCUCACCACCCCAUUAUAAUGAUGAUAGCAGUGCAGCUGAUAAAAAACAACGACCAGCAUUACUGAAAAAGAUUCAAAUACCUGACUAUCUUUCGUCUAAAAGUAAUGUUGAGAAAAGUGAACGUACUGAUGCUGAUAUAUAUAAAUUACAUCAACCAUCAGGUAUGGAUCCAUCACCUAUUCAAUUUGCUAAGAAAGAAAAAUUGAAGCUUGAAAAUAUUGAAAAUGAUAUUUAUGGUGACAUCAUAAAUCCAGAAAUUUCGAUGUCUUCAGGUAAUUCUAAUAAUGGAGUCUCACAAGUUCUAAGGCAACAUCAAACACCAGCUGAAAUUCUUGCACAAACUAAUCAAAGUCGAAAACCAGUUAUGGACACAUUUAAACCGCAAGUAUCAAGCUUUCAAAAUGCUCCUCAACAACAUGAAAAUCAAAUAGAAAAGUCGGAUAUAAGUGAAAAAUCGUUAAAACAUAAAAUAGACCCUCCCAACCAAAGAAAUCUAAACGUGAACUUGGAAAAACUUAAAAUAAAUGAGCCCGUUCAAAAGCAACAACAUAACAUACCCCCGACGCCACUAAUGGAACAUUCUCCGAAGAUAAAUAGACUGCCAGAAACUGCUAUAAGGGAAAACAUCACACCUAAACUUCAAGAAACUUCCCAAAAUAAAUUGGAGGAAUAUGAACCGACACCACAAGAAACCAUUCCAGAAUUCUCACAAAAAAUGGAAACGCCAGAAGUUGAAAAAAGCCAAAUAAACAGUAAACCAACAUUUGAUUAUGAUAAUGCGCCUUCUGCAAAUACCGAAAAUUAUGAACAGCAAGCAGAAACUCAAAUAGACACUUUUAGUGGACAAGAUCAAUAUCAAAGUGACGCAGAUCCUUCAAACAUUCAACCUAAUAUAGAUAAUCCGGAAAUAUACCCUGAAACCCAAAAUUAUAUAGAACCUACUGAAUCAAAUGCCAAUGUAUACCAAGAAGAUCAGCAACAAUAUGAUAAUACGCAAAACUACCAAGGGUAUGAUCAACAAAACUACGAUCAAAACCAACAAAAUCAAUAUGAAAAUUAUCAACCUGAUAACAAUUAUCAAACCGAUUACGACCCUAACACAUAUGACUACAGCGCUUAUCAGCAGCAGGGUGAUGGCACAUAUGCAGGGUAUGACCCAAAUCAACAAUAUUCUGAACAAGACUAUGGUCAACAAGGAUAUCAGGAUCCAAAUUAUUCAGAUCAACAAUACAAUCAACAGGAGUAUCCCAGUGAGCAAAAUCAAAUUGAUCCAAAUCAAUACGAUUAUUCUCAGCAGAAUGUUCCCACAGAAAAUUACGAACAACAAGGUGUUAUACAAGAUCAAUCACUAGUGCAAGAAAACAAGCCCGUUGUUGAUCAACAACCCGAACCAAGUCCAAUUCCUCCUCCUACAGCUCCACAAAAUAACAGUAGUCCAAAAGGUCAGUCAAAAUCUGUAAAGCCUAUUUUAACUAAAGAAAAAUCUGCAGACGCAAAAAAAAAACGAGUAAAUUUUAUUGAUUCAAGUGACGAGAGUAGUAAAACCCAACAGCAGCAACAGCCUACAACUACUGAUGAAAGUGACUUUGAUUUUUCAUCUCAAUAAGAUGGAA